GUCUAAAUACCAGCUAUGUGUAUGUUAUCAUUUCCUCCUCAGACGUGGCAGAACAACAUGACCAAAUCCUCCGAGCCCAAGAUUAAGUUUUUUGAUGGAGAUGACUUCACCUCUGUGACAUUCCAGCCGGACCUGUCCAAGUUUAAGAUGGAGAAACUGGACAAAGAUAUUGUAGCACUUCUUACCCGCAGAGCAUAUGAUGUAGCUGGCUCCUGCAAGGGAGUUAAAGUGUCUCUGAACGGCAAAAAAUUACCUGUUAACGGGUUCCGCAGCUAUGUGGACCUGUAUGUGAAGGACAAGCUGGAUGAGACAGGCGUGGCCCUGAAGGUGGUGCAUGAAACGGUGAACGAUCGAUGGGAGGUUUGCCUCACCAUGAGCGAGAAAGGAUUCCAACAAAUCAGCUUUGUUAACAGCAUCGCCACCACAAAGGGUGGCAGGCACAUUGACUAUGUCGUGGACCAGAUCGUAGCCAAACUUAUUGAGGUAGUGAAAAAGAAGAACAAGGCAGGAGUGUCAGUCAAACCCUUCCAGGUGAAAAACCACAUCUGGGUGUUUGUGAACGCACUGAUUGAGAAUCCAUCGUUUGACUCCCAGACAAAGGAGAACAUGACACUCCAGACCAAGAGCUUCGGGUCCAAGUGCCUUCUGUCAGACAAGUUUGUCAGGGCUGCAACCAACUGUGGGAUUGUGGAGAGUAUACUCAACUGGGUAAAGUUCAAAGCUCAGACACAGCUGAAUAAAAAGUGUUCAUCUGUGAAGCACAGCAAGAUCAAAGGCAUCCCGAAGCUAGAUGAUGCCAAUGAUGCCGGAUCACUGGUGCUGUUUCAUCCGUGUUGCCGACAGAUCAUGGAAAACGCCGAGAUUAACAACAUCAUUAAGAUCGUCGGGCUCCAGUACAAGAAGAGUUACGACGACCCAGAGUCGCUGAGGUCCCUGCGCUACGGCAGGAUCAUGAUCAUGACGGAUCAGGAUCAAGACGGCUCCCACAUCAAAGGUCUGCUCAUCAACUUCUUCCAUCACAACUGGCCUUCCCUGCUGAAACACACCUUCUUGGAGGAGUUCAUCACACCCAUUGUCAAAGCUACUAAGAACAAACAGGAGCUGGCCUUCUACAGCAUCCCAGAGUUUGACGAGUGGAAGAAACACACGGAAAAUUAUAAAACCUGGCAUAUAAAGUACUACAAAGGUUUGGGAACAAGUACAAGCAAAGAAGCAAAGGAAUACUUUGCUGACAUGGAGAAACACCGGAUCACAUUCAGAUACACUGGUGCUGAGGACGACGCUGCCAUCACUCUGGCCUUCAGUAAGAAGAAGACGGACGACAGGAAGGAGUGGCUCACUAACUUCAUGGAGGACCGACGUCAGAGAAGGAUGCACGGCCUGCCAGAGCAAUACCUCUAUGGAACUCAUGCCCGGCACCUCUCCUACAAUGACUUCAUCAACAAAGAGCUGAUUUUGUUCUCCAAUUCUGACAAUGAGAGAUCGAUCCCGUCUUUGGUUGAUGGUUUGUACACUUCCUCCAUCUUUUACCUGUUUGGCCCUGGAUAUUUCAGCUUUCAAGCUCUCAUGAUGACCAUAGUGAACCUGGCACAGAACUUUGUGGGCAGCAACAACGUGAACAUCCUGCAGCCGCUGGGUCAGUUCGGUACUCGCAUCAACGGAGGAAAAGAUGCAGCCAGUCCUCGUUACAUCUUCACCAUGCUCAGUCCUCUCGCCAAGCUGUUGUUUCCAGCAGUGGAUUCCAACCUACUCAAGUUUCUGUAUGAUGAUAACCAGAAGGUGGAGCCAGAAUGGUACAUUCCCAUUAUUCCAAUGGUGCUAGUGAAUGGUGCCGAGGGCAUCGGGACAGGCUGGGCCUGCAAGAUUCCCAACUAUGACCCCCGAGAGAUCGUCAACAAUAUAAACAGGAUGCUCAACCAUCAGGACCCACUGCCAAUGGUAAACAUUGUGAAAAAAUAAAAGCACGCCAAGU